AUGGUCAACUCCUGUUGUGGCUCCGUCUGCUCUGAGCAAAGCUGUGGCCAGGAGGCCUGCUGCCAGCCCAGCUGCAUGCAGACCACCUGCUGCAGGACCACCUGCUGCCGCCCCAGCUGUGGAGUGUCCAGCUGCUGCCGCCCCAGCUGCUGCAGGCCCCAGUGCUGCAUCUCCAGCUGCUGCAGGCCCCAGAGCUGCAUCUCCAGCUGCUGCAGGCCCCAGUGCUGCAUCUCCAGCUGCUGCAGGCCCCAGAGCUGCCAAUCUGUGUGCUGCCAGCCCACCUGCUGCCGACCCUCCUGCUGCCGCCCCAGCUGCUGCAGGCCCCACUGCUGCAGGCCCCAGUGCUGCAUCUCCAGCUGCUGCAGGCCUCAGAGCUGCCAAUCUGUGUGCUGCCAGCCCACCUGCUGCCAACCCUCCUGCUGCCGCCCCAGCUGCUGCAUCUCCAGCUGCUGCCAGCCCUCCUGUGGUGGCUCCAGCUGCUGCCGCCCCUGCUGCUGCCGCCCCUGCUGCUGCCUGCGUCCAGUGUGUGGCCAAGUCUCCUGCCACACCACUUGCUACCGCCCAACCUGCGUCAUCUCCACCUGCCCCCGCCCCAUGUGCUCUGCCAUCCCUUGCCCUUGCUGCUGA